UCUCCUCUGAGGAAUGUCCCCACGGUCGUCCAGCCGCCUGACCAUGCAUGAGAGGCCGGGCAUGAAGUGCAAGCCCGUCCAAUGAUUAUGCAGGGGAAAGGUGAUAAUGACUUCCUAUCGAGAGUUAACGGCCGAAGGGGAGAAUAGCCCUCUGUUAACAGGCUGCUGCCUAGUAAAAGAGGUCAUAAACCAGGACCUGGGCAGCAGGUCUCAUCCUGAACUCGGUGGCUGUGAUGAGGAGAGCAAAGUGGAGGUGGAAGUUGCCUCAGGAUUUUAUUCUCCGCAUCUGACUUUGUGCACCUCUUCGGACAGCACUCCUCCUCCACCAAGGUUUGAGACUCUGGAGGGAUUCUCGACACUGGCCUGCCCCCACUCCUCCCGUGUCCCCUGGCGGUGUAGGGCGCAGGGGCAGGGCUCUCCAGGGCACGGAUACCGCGCGUCAAAUAAAGAAAAGCCACACCGCUUUGGGUCACUUACGGAGGAAAUUCACAUUUACCCUCACAAUAGCCCCGCGAUUCACGUCGCCGUGGGAUGUUCCACCAGCUCGGACUGUAACGAAGCUGAUACGGAUGAAAGGAGUAAAACUUUUGAGUGGAUGAGAGUAAAGAGGAGUCAGCACCGGGCGGCCAGGACGCACAUGACCUGUGGGUUCAGUAUUGUUGACUCGGGCCUCGGUGCUGUGGAGGCUGGAAACCGCAUCUGCGCGGAUGGCCAUCCCACUUCGAACGGGCCCCCGAGGACCAGUUAUAGCACCAAGCAGCUGACCGAGCUGGAGAAGGAGUUCCACUUCAACAAGUACCUGACGCGGGCCAGGAGGGUGGAGGUCGCCGGCGCCCUGCAGCUUAGCGAGACCCAGGUGAAAGUUUGGUUUCAGAACAGACGCAUGAAACAGAAGAAAUUACAGAGAGACGGGCUGCUCUCCGACCCGAGGCCCGCGGCUCCGCACUCACACGCGGACACUUUGGACACCUGCCCCUUCCCCGGACCGACCUAGCCAAAAAACACCUGCCCCUGAACUUGUGAACAGCAGGAGCUGCAUCGUGCGUUACAGGGCAAGCCUACAAAUGUUUUGAUUGGCGGUUGCAUCAUUUUCAAUCAGGCUUCACCUUUAUUUGCUUACAACGAUGGAUGCUUAACGCAAGAAGCGCAAUGGCAAGUUUCUUCAUGCAAGAACGGGUCGAAACGAUCAGUCAUUCUCCCCGGCUUCAGACUCUGAUUUGAAUAUUAAAAUUCAGCUCAUCCCAUUGUGCUCUUAUCUACACAAUGUAAACGAAGAUACAAACUUAUAUUAAUUGCCCGUGGAAACUGUGGAAGUCCGUUUGCAUAUUUUCUUUUUCUUCUUUCUUUUACAGUUUAUUCGGGAACAAACUUGAAUACAUUUAUUUAACUCGUGCUUCGCAGAUUUCUGUUUAAAAUGUAUUCUUUUUAUUUAUUGAAGAUAUACUUAUAAAAUUAUUUAUUAUGAUAUUUUACAGCAUUGAGUUCCGAAAAUUAUUCUAUCAAAUCCCCUAGCUGCGGUCUCAAACAAUUAAAGUCCAGAAUUAUGGAGCUUUCCUUUGCUAUUUAAGCUGUUUGCCUCUGACAGCUCACAUUGGAAGAUAGGGGGAGAUGCACCUGUUGUAAGCAGAGCACACGAAAUAUGUUAAUAAAUAAGUUAUCGGGUUAAUUUAGCAGCGCUUGAAUUCUGCCUUCGUGUUGUGCGUUUUAUCCACUUCUAAGCUUUCCUUUAUCCACACAACGAUUAAAAUACCGUGAUUGAUGGAGAGAUUUAUUGACGGGCUCGUACUGGAGUAUUGAUCCGUUGUGAUCCAUCUAUUUGAGGCACAAAUAUGGGAGCAUUUGCAUGCAUGUGUAACUGCAUGUUAAUGGAAUGUAGAAACGUCACGAUCGGGAGCUGUUGCGUCUUUUAUUGCCUCCAUAUAUGCAUCAGAAAAUGAUAAUUUAGCUGAAAGACUCAUGCGGGAGAGCAGACAAUAAAACGGUGCCUGUGCUGUUUUGCAGAUCAACCAAUAAACUGUGUGGCCCCAGCAGUUCGAGCAGCUAAAUAUUCCUUCCAGAUUCACAUCUCAUCUCAUAUAAAGUAAAUGAUGGUAAACACGGCCCUUAAACACUGUUAUGUUUCCGGUAUCACACUGCGUUUCUAUCAUGUUAAUGUCUACUUUAAUAUCAAGAUAUGGGCCAUCAGGCACAUUAAUUUUGUGUAAGGGAAUAUUUUUGUUUAGCUUUCAAUUAGCGUGUUUGCACUGGAUAUGAAGGUUACUAGAUCCAAAACGGAUAUUAAUCAUAACAAAGGAAUUAAACUUGAGUGUUGGAGAUUAGAAAUAAAGUGCUAGGAUUAAAAAAAAAAA